UUAAAUUGUUACUAUAAGUUUAUUUAUAAAUGUUCCUACUCAUAACUUAUGGAGGCCCUCAAAAUGUGGGGACUCGAGGGCCAUGACCAGCUUUACAGCAUACACGCCCUAGAGAGUCUGACUGCAAUAGUUCCACACAAUUCGAAUUCAUAAUCUCAUAUUUCAAGAGCCAAUUGUAGUAUCGCCUCAUCGCAAACUAACGAAAUCACAAUGCAAAUUGAAGAAGAACCGGUCGAAGAAAAUGUGAUUAACCAUUUCUGAAUCGCUUCUCUGUUUGGCCGCCCUAUCGCGAUAUGCCAUAAUCCCACACCGAGGCGCAAGAAGAUACGCGAAAGAUGCCGCCGCGUGCUGCGAUAGCCGACUACGAACCACCACUACCACGCCGUUACGUCGGUUCGGUUUGUUCCCAGCAUGGCUUGCUGUGUUUGUGUGGUGUUUGCCGAACACUCUCGACCGAACCGGCCGGCGGCUGAUAUAAAACGCACCCGAAGUACACCCGAGCGGCGUAUUCCAGUGUGACCGGUGGUUUCCUGCAGUCGACAGUGCGGUGCUCUUUUUGUGUUUCCCAAGUUCUUGAACGACAUUUAAAUUACAUCUUCAACAAUGGCAGCCUGGGUUGGAAAGAAGUACAAGAUGGAGAAGUCCGAAGGAUUCGAUGACUACAUGAAGGCUCUUGGUGUCGGCAUGGUGCUCCGCAAGCUCGGCAACAGCAUCUCGCCGACGGUCGAACUGGUCAAGGAGGGCGACGAGUACACCUUCAACACCACCUCGACCUUCAAGAACACCACCAUCAAGUUCAAGCUCGGCGAGGAGUUCGAGGAGGAAACCGUCGACGGACGCAAGGUCAAGUCGGUGUGCACCCUGGAGGGCGACAACAAGCUGAUCCACGAGCAGAAGGGCGAGAAACCGACCACCAUCAUCCGUGAGUUCACCGAUACCGACCUGAUUGCCACCAUGACCGCUGGAAAUGCCAAGUGCGUCCGAACCUACAAGGCCGUAUAAGGAGGAUGCCCAAAAAAAGAAACGCCUAUCAAUCGCCCAUCCGCCCGUUUGCUUGAAGAAGCGUCCCAUUCCUUCGCCAUUUCUCCCGACUACUCGACUACUACACAUCACAACCUAGUCAUCAUUCCCCAGGAAAGUGGGCAACCGAAACUGUCCAUAAACGCGCAUGCUGGCACACGCACCCAAAUCCCAAAAAAAUCGCAGCUCAACCGCAGAGACAGCUUAGCGUUGCCUUUUCCUUGACUAUACAUACCAAUAUAUCAGACCAACGGAUAUAUCUGACGGGUGCGGAAGAAUGUCACGUCAACGUCGACGCGCAACACACAAAUCAAGCGGACGCACGUUUUCUUUCCAUUAUUCCAUUUAGUACGAGAAGUGAACAAGUAUCGAACUUUGUUUUUUUUUUUUGGCUGUUUUGUUUAAAACUUUUUCUAUACUAUGAAGAACCAUUGUUGAAACGAAGCGAAAUAUCUAUUUUCGGAUAUUAUUUUUAGCUUUUAGUAGUGCAUGGAGCAUUUUGUAUGAACGAUAAAUAAUAAAAAAGGAAAGUACAUAUUUUGCAGUGUAUAAACAAAA